CCACACAUGCAGGGCUGGCAAACUGGAGGCAGUGUCUUCAUCUUAGAGCAGCCAACACAGGUGCAAGCCAUGGAGCCUCGGGUGGGUAGGGCACGAGGUGGAUGCAUACAUUCAGCGGCAGCCUAGUGCCUGGAGGGACCCAGGGCAUGGCAGGACCCCUGCGGAGCCGGGUGGAGGAGCUCAAGCGGCCCUGGUGGAGGGAGAGCUCGCCCCUGGUGCUCCAGCACAGCGAGGCUGCAAGGCUUGCUGCGGACGCACUCCUGGAGAGGGGUGAGGCUGCCUACCUUCAGGUCAUCUCCGAAGAGCGGGAACUGCCCUUCCUCAGUGCCCUGGAUGUGGACUACAUGAUCAGCCAUGUGCGUGGGGUUCCCGAGCUCAGCGAGGCCCAGGGGUCAGAGACCCUAGGGCAGGACCGCCACAGCAUGCUCUCUGAAGUUACCUCAGGCACCUACUUCCCCAUGGCUUCUGACUUAGAUCCCCCAGACCUGGACCUGGGCUGGCCCGAAGUGCCACAGUCCACAGGUUUCAGUCCCACCCAGGCGGUGGUUCAUUUCCAGAGGGACAAGGGCAAGAGCAUCAAGGACCUGCUGCGAUUCCUCUUCAGCCAGGCCCACACGGUGGUGGCUGUGGUGAUGGACGUAUUCACGGACAUGGAACUUCUGUGUGACCUCAUGGAGGCCUCCAGCCGACGCGGUGUCCCCGUCUACCUCCUCCUGGCUCAGGAGCACCUGAAGUACUUCCUGGAGAUGUGCUAUAAGAUGGACCUCAACGGGGGGCACCUGGUGAACAUGCGGGUGCGGAGCACGUGCGGGGACACAUACUGCAGCAAGGCGGGGCGCCGAUUCACCGGGCAGGCCCUGGAGAAGUUUGUCAUCAUCGACUGUGAGCAGGUGGUGGCAGGCAGUUACAGCUUCACCUGGCUUUGCAGCCAGGCCCACACCAGCAUGGUGCUGCAGCUGAGGGGCCACAUCGUGGAAGACUUCGAUCGGGAGUUCCGGUGUCUGUACGCUGAGUCACAGCCUGUGGAAGGCUUCUGCGGCCAUGAGGAUCCACUGUCUUCCCGGGGACCUCGUCCUCCUCCUGUGACGCUGGCCUUUGGACCUGGAAUUCCAAGUGCUACAGGCUCCUCCCCUUCCAGCAACAGCCUGGGCAGCAUCAAGCACACGCCUCUUCUGGGCCGGUCUUCCUACCUCGCUCUACCGGGCGGCGGUGGCUGCAGUGAUAUGGGCAUGGGGUCCUCAUCCCCAGGUCCUGCGCACCACGAAGCUGGUGGCCCACCAUCCUUGUACCGUCAGCUUUCAGAUCCUAACCACAGCUCAACUCCUGGACCCUACCGGGCCAACCUGAGCAAGCUGGGGGCAUCUCCAUGGUCCCAGUCCUCUCCUGCCCUCAACCACUGCAGUGCCAGUCCCUUGACCCUGACAGUGGGGUCACCUCUGCUCCCAUGUUCCCGCCCCCUCCUUCACUUCACCAGGGGGGUCCCAGCACUGUCCCGACUUCCAGAGAAUGGGUUCCCAGCAAGUCAAGAGCCUAUCCUUCCACGAGGUCGCUGGGUAACUGGCCCAGCUCUGGAGACAGUGGAAGAAAAAAAGGUAUCUCUGAGUCAGAGCCAUGAUCACCUGGAUCGAAUUGUCCCCUUCCCUAAAGCAGGAGGCCCCAAUUCUAGAGUCACCCCCAAUUCAGGUUCCCUUCAGCAUGGUGAGCAGGCCCUAGAUGAUAGGAGAUUGUCCCUGAGCCAUAGCUACAGCCAGCUGGAUCUCCUGUCCCAGGGUCCGGGUGCUCUGGAGUCAGGUUCCCUCAGACCUGGUGAUCUGGGUCUAGAGGACAGGAAGCUGUCCUUAAACCACAACCAUGGCCAAUUGGACCUCCUGCCACAAAACCCCAAGGUCCAGGCCUUGAAAAUACCCCCUGAUGCCAAUUCUUCAGCCAGGCACGACAAUCAGAGUCUAGAUGAACGGCGGCAGACCCUAGGCCACAGUCAGCUGGACCUCAUCACCAAGUUUGGCCCAUUCCGGAGCGAGGGGCCUGGACCCAGUGGUCCCCCAGAGCCAAACCCAGUUUGCAUGGCCGGAGUAGGCUCUGCAGAUGAGAAGCGACUGACUCUGGGCCACAGCAAACUGGACCUCAUCACCAAGUAUCAUCAGCUACAGGGUGCCCGGCAGAGACCUGAGCCAGGCUUCCCAGGAGCUCCACUAAGUGGCCAUCAAAAUGGCAGUAACAAUGACCUAUAUGCACCCGAGAAACGGCUGACCUUGGGCCACAGCAAACUGGACCUCAUCACUAAGUACAACAAGUCCAAAUUCAAGCAGCUCCGAAGUCGCUUUGAGUCCUAACUCUGGUCUUGGCAGGGUCAGCCCCUCCCUCCAUCCAUAGAUUUGACAUGUUCAAGUUCAAGACUGCAGAGUGAGAGUAUAAAGCUGGGAUGCUGCAUAAGGAGGGGAGGCGUCUAGCAGUCCAGGUCAGAUGCUCCCUGGGCUCAAGACUUAUAUACACACACGCACAGGAACACAUACAAACAGAAGCCAGAGUUACUGGGUGUUUUCUGAAUGUCCUGGGGCUGGGCACUUCACAUCCGUUAUUCCCAUUCCUCAUAGCCUCAAGAUGGACCUCUUGUUGGCAUAUAGUAUAUUAAGUAUUAUUCUCUUCCACUCCAUUUUUUUGUUUUGUGUUUGUUGGUUUACUUUUAGUUUUUGAAGCCAGAAAAUUAUUUUCUGACUGAUUGAAAUCCUCAAGAAAAACUGGAUGCUGCAACAGCUGCCCUCUUGGGUUUAGGUUUUGUUCUUUUACGGAAUCCAUGUCUGAAUCUGUGAUAGACAAUUUUUAGAGGCCUCAUCCACCUAGUCCCAGUAGCAUGUCACUGCUUGGCCUCGGCACUCCGGUUGUACUUUCUCUUGCACUUGGCAGCAGAGCCACGUUGACCACAGGCCGGCUUCUGAAGGUGGUGGCCUCAGAGCCACAGCGGCAACACAGCGCAUGUAUCUUAGUGCGUCACUUUCCAAAGGAAGACACUCCUUUUUUCGUCUUCUUUCUGCCGCAGAGGCCAAAGAGUCUGGAAGAUGGUCUUCUUGUUUAAUAAGUUUGGAGUUUAGAUGAGUAAUUUGGAGGCAGAUCCAAGUAAACUACGGGUUAGGGAACCCCGCCAGGCCGGAAGCCCCUGGCUUUAAACAUGUAUUUUGUUUGCACAGACCCAACACACAGCAUCUGUAGUUCUGAGUUGCUAUGUACAUAAAACUCAGACACUACAAGGAUGCCCAGGUGCCCAGACAGUACACACAGAACAGUGACCAGGUAGCCAGAGAUGCAUAUGGUGAGUACACGUAGCUCCGUGUGAUGAACUCACAGAACUUUAGCUGCAGGUGCUUAGUCUUGUCUGCCUAAAUUAACGGCCACAGAGAAUGCAUGCAGUCAGUACACACUGCAGAAUCCCCUCGGGAUUCAUAGACUAUACACAUAUGACCCCCAUCCUCACUCUGUUUGCAAAGCCCUGCCCUGAACAUGCCAGAGAGCUGAAAGGUUUCUAAUACGCAGAUCCAGAGGGCUGCAGCUUAAAUGCAUAAAGCAUGGAAAACAAGGCAGAGCUGCGGUAAUGAAAAAUGUACUAGGGACAGGGGCCCGGAGGUGGCGGGGCGAUCAGGAAAGUCUAUCAGAGAGAAGCUGACUUUGAGGCAGGUCAUGAAGGAUAGGGUAGGGACAGAGGCAGAUCCGAGAGAGCUAGAAUUCUUGGUAGAGUAAGACGGAUGGAAAGAGGGCCCAGGGUCUGGGGUGAACGGAAGAUAAUCAUAGCAUGUGGGUGGACACUGGACACAAAAACAGGCCAACUUGCCCAGUGUCUCGUGAAGCUCAGGCUGCAGCUGGUCAUGGACUCUCUCCUGAAGUCACCGCCUGCCUGAGAGAGGGCAUGGUGCAAAUCAAUAAAGGCAUACAUGCUGAGAUCCAGUAGCAACCUGAUGUGUUCUAAACUGUGGGGUUACAGAUGGAGCUGGGGAAGGGGCGAUGUUCAGGCCCUUUUCAGAUGAAUAGGGUCCCUUGGAGAAGAAAGCAAGCAUAAAGAGGGGCUGAGGGAAGGGUUUCUUAACUUCUUCCUUCCUUGCUGUGGCAUUCUGAGACACCCUGAGUGCUUUUGUAGCUUCUACAACAGAUAAAUUUAUUUUGUCUAUGAAAACGGCCACACCACUAUCCUCAGGGCAGGUGGCGACGGCUGGCAAGUGUGUGUGUUAAACUGUGCGUAAGGACACAUUGAGGAAGCAAGCCAGAACUCACAUCUUUGCCCACCUUGAACCUCUUCUCCAGUCUCCCCAACACCCAGCUUCACACAUCGCCCCAUCUCUCCAGUGUCUUCUUCAGCCUGUUUCCUACGGUUCUGGGCAUGUCUCUUCCGACCACUUUGUCCUGGGCUCGUUUCUCCCUACUGGACACUCACCUGGGUGACCCUUGCCCCGAAUUUCAGUCUUCAGCCUCUGACUCCCGCCUCCGCUCCAGAUUCGCAUUUCUGUCCGCAUAGCCAGGCUGGGAUCAUACCCUUUCCCAAACUUGCCCCUUCUCCGACCUUAUCAGGUAAAUACAUUCCUCAUCAAUCCAUCCUCAGUCAGACAACAAUGGUUCCUUCUCAUCCGCCCAGCCUCAGGUUUGGUUGAU